AUGGUGCCUUCUAUUGAUUUAUAUUGUAUUUUAUCACCAAAUUUUAAAUUGAAUGGGAGAGCAGAAAAUGUUGAGAAUAUCCAAAAAGGAAGAUCAAAAAUUACAAAAUAUCAACUUGCCAAUAUUUAUAAUCCAAAAGUUAAAUUUUCAGUUUGGCAUGAGGAUCUUGGCAAUUUAAAUAGGGAUGAACCACUUUUUAUGGUUAGAAUCGAUAAAAUGAAAGAGCAGGAUUAA